AGCUGUCAGUCUGGACCGUCAGUUUGUCCGGACAGUGUUUCCGUCACUCCGUCUGUACCGUGCUCACUAAUCUCAAAGAAAACGGCCGACCUGCAGAUAUGGGGGCUGUCAUAUCCAGGUGGAAGACAAAGCCAACCACAGUUGAAAAACUUGAAAACUUGGAUAAGGAGAUCAAAGACCUCGAGGAAUUCCGAACCAAGAACCAGCGUCUUUUGAAGCUGUGGGUUGGCAGGCUCAUCCUCUACUCCUCAGUGCUGUACCUGUUGACCUGUCUGGUCGUCUACUGGCUCUACCUCCCUGAGCCAUGGAUCCAGAGGAUUGCCAUGGCCCUUCCGUUCUUCAUGGUUCCUGUGCUGGUGUGGUUCUCAAGGAAACUGCUGGUCUAUCUCUUCUCCAAACGCACAGAACGAAACAGUAAGCAUCUCUCCUCGCCUAUGAUAAAAUUAGAAGAUUUGAAAGUUUCCAAAAGAAAGAUUCUGGAGGAAGUGAUGGAAACGGAGACCUACAAGAAUGCCAAGCUCAUCCUAGAACGCUUUGACACUGAGGCCAAGAAGAAAGCGGAGGUGGAGUCAACUCCAGUGCGUCUCCAGAUGACUCCACGACCAGGACAAGAGAUUCGUCAGAGGGGCGUGGCCAUGAGGCCCAUGCCGAUGGUGGGCCCGGCUGGUAUGGUGAUGAUGACUCCGCCCCUGGGGGAACGCCCUCCAAUGGCCCCGGGCGCCACACCAAUGGCUCCAGGGGGUCCCCCUGAGAGAUCUGCUCUGUCAACCCAUGUCCACCAGGGGGCCAUACACAGAACACCCUGCUCUCCCAUCCCAGGUGAAGGCAUGCACCCUCCUGGGCCUCCGUUAGCCAGGCCUGUCCUGCCCAGAGAGCGAGGCACGGUGGACCGCGUCAUAGAGUACCUGGUGGGAGACGGCCCCCAGAACAGAUAUGCUCUCAUCUGCCAGCAGUGUUUUUCUCACAAUGGGAUGGCUCUGAAAGAGGAGUUUGAAUAUAUAGCCUUCCGUUGUGCGUAUUGUUACUUCAUGAACCCGGCCCGCAAGACGCGCCCCCAGGCCCCCAGGCUUCCAGAGUUCAGCUUCGAGAGGAGGCUGAGGGCCGAGUCCCCUUCCCCAGGGCCGGUGCCUCAUUCCGGCUCAGAAACAGAGGAGAGUGCCACACCGUCUGGAGACGAGAGGGAGGUAGGGGAAGAGGAGGAGUCUGGCAGGCAGGUGGUGGACAACAGCCAAUCAGAGGAGUCCCUGCAGCAGAAAGGGGAGGAGGAGGUGGAGGAGCAGCAGCGUGCUGAAGAACCAAUGGAAGAAGCUGGAUCGGAGGAGGCUCCUAGCGAAGGCCAAGAAGCAGAAGUACAAGCGUCAGAUCUGCAGGAUUUCUUCUAGAAAAUCUCUCCUUCCAGAAGAAAAGGUGCUGAUCAGACAUACGAACUGAGGAGCAUGUCUCAGAGGGCUUCUUCUUCAGGUGCCAGUCCAACACAUGAUGAAGGCCAUGCUGCCAUGGGAUUCAACUCAACUAAACACAACUGUAGUCUACCAUUGUUUGUAUGUUUUGGCACGUGCACUAUGAGUGAACCAACAAUAGAUGAAUACACAGCACACUUUUUCAAGCUUUGUUUUCACAGUCACUUUAAACGCAGAGUAAUGCUACCAUGUUUCAGUACCGUAAACAUGUUAACCAGGCCUGAAGUCAUCAUCGGAUUGGAAUUCUUUGUUGGAUAAUUGACCACUAUUUGGGGUUUGAAGGGGUACUAGUAGGGUCUGCCAUUGGGGUACCACGCAUACUAUGAAUUAUUUAUUGUAUUUAUGCUAUUUGUAUAGAAGUGGUUAGAAUAUGUAGCAUAUUCUUGAACAUUGUUCUGAUUUCUGAUUAGUUUUAAAGGGGUAGUUCGGAAUUUUGGACAUAGGGCCUGAUUCCGAAGUGAGUGAUUCUAUAUCACUGGAGACAGUUUAACACAUUUCAUUCAGUCCUUCUAGUUGCAGAGUUUGCUCGUGCUAGGCUAGCGCAAGUCAACGGGCAAUGCUAGCCUGCUAUUAAAAACAGUCUUACCCACUCCACAGUACACCCGAGGUAAAUCAAUUAUAACGACAGACUAUACAUCUAAAUGUCUGUUUAUAGAAUAAUGUUAGAAAUAAAACCAACCUUGCAUUGCAUUGCAUUUUGAGGGAAUUGCGGGGUCUCAGCAGCAGUGUUUAUAUUCCUGUACGUAGGCUACGGCAGCGGCGGACUGAUACCUAGGUUACCUGCCGCUGUCAUUGCUACAAACGCAGAGUACAGUGAACGAAGGAAUUCUACAAGCGUAUUAAAUUAACAAGAUAUGGCCACGUUUGGAGGAGUUAGCGAUGCAUCUGCUUUUGAAGACGAUUAUGAGGAAUUUGUUGUAUCCAACGAACCGUACAUGUACGAGCCGGUGUUUUGAUGUCAAAGCCAGCAGCAACAAGCCACAGUUGAGUCCUUUCUGGAUCUCGCACUGGAAAUUGGUGGAAACUUUGUGGUGCCCAUCUGUACCGUUUAUUUCUACAAUUUCUAAAAGCACACUGAACCAUCAUGUUGCCUAGUCGUUCAAUUGCGCUUCUGUCCCACGCUUCUGUUUACGUUCUUCUGUCGUGAUUUGGUUACAAACCUAACUAGCGCAUAGUAGAAUUCCGCUUCUGCUGAGAAAGUAGUCCCUCGAUGAUUCAUGCGAUGCAUGGUUAGUUUUAUUUCUAACAUUAUUCUAUCAACACAGACAUUUAAAUCUAUAGUCUGGCGUUAUAAUUGAUUUACCUCGGGUGUACUGUGGGUAAGACUGUUUUUAAUAGCAGGCUAGCAUUGCCCGUUGACUUGCGCUAGCCUAGCACGAGCGAACUCUGCAACUAGAAGGACUGAAUGAAAUGUUUUAAACUGUCUCCAGUGAUAUAGAAUACCAAUGCUCACUUCGGAAUCAGGCCCUAUGUCCAAAAUUCCGAACUACCCCUUUAAGAUAUUUGAUAUGUUGACUAUAGCAUGGGCUUGUCUUAACGAUAAUUUAAAGUAACUGCAAAGUAGAAUUAUGUAAUCAUUGUCUCACAUUAUUUGGAUCUUAAACACUAUAUUUAUUGCAAUCUUAAUUAAAUCCUCACAUUGUGUCUGAGGGCGAUACUUAUAAUGUGACCCGAAGGAGGACAUUGGUUUAUGAGCUAGAAGUCAUGAAUAGAACGGUCUCCAUCCCGUCUACCAAAGACUCGAACAAAACCCUCUGUUAACCAGAUGGUCAGGUUCAACUGAUAAAAAUAAUCAGAGAGGUAAAUACCACUAGUUUGGACCUAUUCCUGUGUGACGCACAGAAAUGGACAUGCACGACAGAAUACUGAAUACUAAAAUGUGUGCCGGUUUUUUCUGUCAAUUUAUUUCUCCCAUAAUCAGAAUGUAGGAUCCUGUUAUGGUCUUGUCAACAUAAUAUAACAUCAAUCCAUAUGUACAUAUUAUCUUACGUUUUAAAAACUUUGUGCAUGUAUUUGGCGAUAGGCACUAUGAUCAACCAUAUCCACAGUGUAACUCCAGUACCUACUUUUCAUCUGAAAUAAGUUUAUUAAGGGGUUUCUUUUGAGCUAUUAAUCUGCUUUAUCUUAACCAGUCAGUUUAUGUCUACAGAAACCAGCUGAUCUUCAUCCUACUUGUACAUUGUUUUCAGACACUUUCUGAAAAUAUUAUUGAAUUGAUUUAGAAAUGAGUCCUAUUCUAGCUAUUCUAGGUGAUUUUACUCGAAAGAACAAUUUACUCUAGGCUACAUGCAUCCACGAUUCCUGCAUGUAAAGAGUCUGCCACUGAAACCAGUCCUGGUGUGAGAGGGUUGGGUGACGCUUUGUACCGUGUUUGUUAGCAAGCAUUACUUGAGGCUUUUUAGCGUUAUAGCAGUCACUGUUCUAGCAUAUAGAUAUUCUUUCAGAUAACCAUUAUUGUUCUGAUUGUUUUGGUUGGCACCUUUUGCAGUCCCUCUGUGUGCCUUGGCUGCUAUAUGUGUUUACAUUGUAUAUUAUUUUAGCACUAAUGUAAAGCAGAUUACAGUCGAUUUAACCCUGAUGGCAAUGUUGGCCUAAUUAUUUAUCAAAACGCUGGUUCAAUUCAAUAUCACAUCAUUGCUUUUUAAGCUCUCCAAUGCCAUGUCUGUUGAAUUAGGUUUUCAAGCAUAUGACUGCUUUUGCACUUUCAGUAUUUGACCAAUUCUGGAUUUACUGUGUUUGCCAUCAAAUACACUUUGGAAACAUUGCAAUUGAUAUAGUGUCAUGAUUUUGUUAUUGGUUAUUGCUGUAGCCCUUGUGGGGAUGUGUAUUUUGUAAUGGUAUCAUCUUGAGGGUACUAGGGGCCUCUGCGUGGGGGGUGCGACUACUUCCAUGGGGUGCUGGUGAUCAGGCCAUCAAUCUGAAGGAAAGCACAUACUGUUGGAUUGACACAUUACUUUAGUUAUUGGAACUUAUUUUUAUACAGUACAGUAUAUACUUUUUUUAUGAGAUGCAUACAAACAGGAAAAUACUGGCACCUACAAAGGGUACGGACACAUGGGGAUUUAACAGACUCUAUAGUUCCACCCAUUCAUGUUUUUUAUAGAUUUCUAUAGGCCGGGAAACUCAAUCAAACCAUGCCUCAAUGUGUAAACAAGUAGAAAACAAUCCAAUAAUAUAAUCAUAUGAUAUGCCAGAAUAACACUAAGUCCUAUGACUUAGUGCUGGUGAUUAAUGAAGCAGAUAUUAAUGUCAUAUCAUCCAUAUGGGAAGACGUAUUGGUCUGUCUAACCAGUUCCCCCAAAGGCUUCGCUUGUCUUAGCUAAGUACAAGUCAAUGGAUAUAUGUUUGGUUCUUCAUGACCUGGACUUAAUCAGCAAAAUGAACUGCAUCAUACACAAAAAUAUGUGUAUUAUGAAACGGGUGAAAU